AUGAACAACCCAAGUAAGGACCAGCUCAAGUCCGCAGCUGCCACGGGCGACACCGCACAUUUGCGAGAGUAUUUUCUAGCACACAAGCCAAGCAUACCCCCUGAGACAGCCCAAGAAUUGCUGAAGGCAGCUGUUGUCGGAUGUCACACUUCAGUCGUGGACUUUCUCCUCAACGAAUUUCCGCAACUGGAACUCAGUGACGAGACCGUCCACGCGGCUGCAUGCAAGGCAUCCAUCCCUGUCCUCUCGCAGCUCAUUGCCCGCGAUCCUUCGCUCGCGAACAGAAGGCUCGAACGCAUAGGGACGCCUCUCUCCUCGGCCUGCAGGAGUCGGAGGUCCAUCGAGUUCCUGCGUUAUCUCCUCGAACAAGGUGCCGACCCGAACAAGCGACCGGAGUCGUUCGGCUUCCCUAUCGCACUGGCUGCUACCCGCUACGAUGACACCGCUGCAAUCGACCUGUUCCUAGGACAUGGCGCGCGCCUGGAACACUCGGGUGCCCUUGGAGCGGCUGCCGGGCAAGGCAACGACGCAAUGAUGCGCUAUCUUCUCAGUAAAGGGGCGGCACCCGAUAACGACGCCAGAGAGCUCGCAGGGGAGCACCCGCUGCACAGUGCGCUCAUGGCUGGCCAGGUUGGAGCAGCGAGAAUCCUGCUCGACCACGGUGCCAGCAUCAACGUUGUGGACCGCAGUGGGAAGAGCCUGGCCGAGGUUGCGGAUCUUCUCGAGAGCAAAGGCGAGGACAGGGCUGAGUUCAAGGCUCUGCUGUCCAAGGUCCGAGAGGAGCGUUCAAAGCAGUAA